AUGCUGGAUGUCGAAGGCAUUUCGAAGACCACGAUAGGGUCAAAAUGCCAUUCUAAAUUGUUGUCAGAAAAAGCGUCUGUGGACACUACGGACGAUCUUGACGAUGUACCAUUGACUAUGCUGCAAAAAGAAUUGACUAAAAAACUAGAUGACAAACCUUCAGUCAAGUAUCUUACUUAUUCAGGGGCUAAAAAGUUAGAGGACGCUACGUUGUACACAAAAGAGGGACCACGCAUUGUUUCGAAGUCGCGUUUUGGCGGAGAUAAACGCUCUGAAAAUUCUUCGGCGGCAUUGAACGGACAUCACGAUAUAAAUGGCCAUCGAAGCGUAUACACCCGUGAGCCUCAACUAAGUAUUUAUGAUGCGCUUCAUAUGGACGGACAAGAGAGAUGCAAUGAUAUUCGCGACGAAACAACACACAAGCGCCCAAGUCUCCAUAAGAAAAUGCAGGAGGAAGCAGCGCGAAGUGGCACCCCUAUGGUCAAAAGCCGUAUGCGAGAGACAGAUUGGGAUAAGCAAACCCCAGAAUAA